CUCCGCCCUACCGGCUUUUUUUUUUUAUCAAUUCCAGUGUAGGCCGUGCUAGAUGCUUGUUGCGUCGCGAAGUUAAUCGGAUCUGCCGCUCCCUCCAUCCUACCGACCGAUCAUGCAAAAUAUUCAGAGGUAUCAUGAUCAGGCGUUAACAUUCUCACAUGGAUAUGAAAAUAUCAGCCCUCGAGGGGGGAAGGUAGAAGAUCACGGCCCGACGAAAAGUACGCUUCAGCAACAGCGCGAACGCGGAAGGAGAGCAUGGUUCGAAUGGAGGCGACGCAGCUAUGGUAAGAGUACGCUGCUCGCGCACCCACUAAUAGAAGGUGUAUUGAGAGCACGGUUUGAAUUGGAACUACGCAUCAUUAGGAGCUAUGGUAAGAUAAUGCCCGUGGUUGUUGACCGCAAUACUAUACCAAACGCACUCCUAACGUUAUCGCCGGAAACAGCUGGACUUCCACGGCCAGUCUUUCCUGGCCAUCCGUUCUCCGCAAAUCAUGGUGUCUCCGAGGCAGUCUCAAUGCCUUCGAUUGCCACGGCAAGAAGGUUCAGAGGCAUCGAAACCUCCAAGCAGAAUUACCUGGGGCCUGGUCAUCUAAGGCCUUCAAAAAUCUCCAAAGCAGACAAACCCCCAGUCAUAUCAAUGGGGAGGGCAGCUAUUCAAUCCACUUCAGCACCCUCAUUUGAAAGCUCCAAUCUAUCCGGAUGCAAUGCCCUACAUUCGUGGAAAAAUGGAGCCGGGCGAAGCAAACCGUGGAAAACAUGCACAUUGGCCCGAGUCCAAGCGGCGCAAGCUGCUCAGUGGAGAUGGAAAGGUGCGGGGGCCUCGAUCAACAUUGGCGACUGCGCCUUAAGAGCUCAUAGCAUGCCUUGGCUGUUCGUGGUGUCGCAGGGGGGUCCCAAUCACAGACCGCGGCAUGCGGAUCGGAAAACGUUGAAGAAAAAGGGUUCAUCUCGAGAUGUGGAGGUUGGGGAUAUAAUUGCGGAGAGUCUUGGGGAUUUCGAGGAACUGAACUAUCGAGACAAUACCCCGACCUCCUCCACAGCCACAGAACCGCCGCAGCAAUCCCUUAGACUGACCUUGUCAUCUGGAGGUUUCGAGCACCCAGUGACCGAGCUUUUGCGUGGAGGUGAACUCCUCAAAUCGCAGUUCAGGAUCUUGAGAUUCCUGCGGAAUGACAGCCAUGCCGAUGUCUAUGUUGCCGAAGAUCUACUCCAACCGACUACGUGCGUCCACAUCCACGUCUUUCUCAGCGAAACAUGGGGCAAUUGGCGGACAUAUCAACGUAGGAAAGAGCAGCGAAUGAGAAAUUCACAUGAUUUCCGGGCUUGCUUCAAGCAUAAGGGCCAAAAGGUAGUCGUCGUACAUGCUCCGGCGAGAUGUGAGUCGAGGUUCCGUAUUCGCAAGUAUGAUAUCGAGUUCCCGUCUCUCGAUGGCUCUGCAAAAGCACACCCGAUCAAUGCAACCAAUUCGAGACGUCCUGCAAAGGGAUUAACGUACGCAAGCGCCCUAGUCCAGCCCAGCUCGGCUUCCAAAACGGCACAACCAGGGAGCACUGACCCCAUGAGCAACCAACGCAGUCACGAAGAUGAGCGGCGCCAAAAUCGAGCUGCUAAGCAAAGGGAGAAGAGGAGAUCUCAGAGAGAGAAGAAGCACCAGGAGGAUCGGAUGAAGUUCAACACUCCCCAGCCCUUACCUGGCUUCCGAGUAAUGAAGCUGCUGGUAUAAGAUGUUUACGGUGUAAUUAUCCCGCUACGUUAUCGAGG